UCUGCCAGAGUAUCAAACAACGCUGCAAAGAGAAGGGUGAAAGGUUUUGUUUCUCCCUUGAGCUGCUUCUUCGCCUUGAGCGAGCGAAAUAGGGUAGAAGAAGAAAAAGGAAAAGGUUUUUAUUUCUUCCAUGAUUGUUUAGUAUCAGUUAAUUCGAGUGUUGCGAUGGGCGGAAGCAUAACCUCAACCGAGCUGAAUUACCUCGUCUUCCGUUACCUCCACGAAUCAGGUUUCACACAUUCAGCAUUUGCUUUAGGAUAUGAGGCGGGGAUCAACAAAAGUCCUAUUGAUGGCAACUUAGUUCCACCAGGUGCUCUGGUAACAUUUGUACAGAAAGGACUUCAGUAUCUAGAGCUGGAAGCAAAUUUGAGUAAUAGUGAAUCAGAUGUUGAUGAAGACUUCUCUUUUCUUCAACCUUUGGAUCUUAUCACAAAAGAUGUCUAUGAGUUACGGCAAAUUAUAAAAGAGAAAAAGGAAAAUCUUCAAAAGGAAAGAGAGAAGGAUAAGGAAAAAGAUAAGGAAUGUGACCGGGAGCCAGAACGAGAACGUGGGCGUGAAAGAGAGAAGGAAAGGCAAGAAAGAGAGAGAGAGCGUGAAAGAGAGAGGGAAAGGGAAAGGCAAGAGAGAGAGAAAGAACGCGAAAGAGAGAGGGAGAGGCAAGAAAGAGAGAAGGAACGAGAGAGGGAUAGAGAGAAGAUGGAAAAGGAUAAGGAGCGAGAGAAGGAGAAGGAGAAGGAAAAGGAAAGGCAGCAUGAGCAGCAUGAGGAGUUGGGUAGAGAUCGUGAAGAUAAAAUUAAGGUCAAACAUGAUGAGAAUGUAAUUCAUGGAGGUCCAGAACCAAUGGAUAUAACUCCUAGCACGCCAUCUCUGUCUUGUGAGAUCCCUAGUUCUGAUGUAACCAUUUUGGAAGGACAUACUUCUGAGGUUUUUGCUUGUGCCUGGAGUCCAGAAGGCUCCCUUCUAGCAUCAGGGUCCGGUGACUCAACGGCGCGGAUUUGGGCAAUUGCAGAUGGACCUUGUAGCUCUAGUUUACAAAAUGGAACUCCAAAGGUACUAGUUUUGAAACAUUUUAAGGGAAGAACCAACGAGAAAUGCAAGGAUGUCACAACUCUUGAUUGGAAUGGGGAAGGGACCCUUCUCGCUACAGGCUCUUACGAUGGACAGGCAAGAAUAUGGAGCAGAGAUGGUGAGCUAAAGAAUACCCUAAGCAAACAUAGAGGGCCCAUCUUCUCUCUGAAGUGGAACAAGAAGGGUGAUUGUCUUCUUAGUGGAAGCGUGGAUAAAACAGCAAUUGUAUGGGAUGUUAAAACAGGGGAAUGGAAACAACAAUUUGAAUUUCAUUCUGCUCCAACACUAGAUGUCGAUUGGAGAAACAAUGUUUCAUUUGCUACCUGUUCAACAGACAACAUGAUUUAUGUUUGCAAGAUUGGAGAGAAUCGCCCUAUUAAGGCCUUUUCAGGGCACCAGGGUGAAGUUAAUGCCAUCAAAUGGGAUCCUACCGGUUCAUUGCUGGCUUCGUGCUCUGAUGAUGUUACUGCAAAGAUUUGGAGUUUGAAGCAGGACAAAUGCCUUCACGAUUUGAAGGAGCACACAAAGGAGAUCUAUACAAUUAGAUGGAGUCCUACUGGCCCCGGAACUAACAAUCCUAAUCAGCAGUUACUACUGGCAAGUGCAUCGUUUGAUUCAACAAUCAAGCUAUGGGAUGUGGAGCUAGGACGCCUUCUCUACAGCUUGAAUAGUCACAGGGAUCCUGUAUAUUCUGUUGCGUUUAGCCCAAACGGGGAGUAUUUGGCAAGUGGGUCAUUAGAUCAGUGCAUGCAUAUCUGGUCGGUGCGAGAAGGGAAGGUUGUGAAGACAUUCAGAGGGAGCGGAGGCAUCUUCGAGGUGUGCUGGAACAAGGAAGGUGACAAGAUUGCUGCCUGUUUCUCCAAUAACACCGUGUGUGUCUUGGAUUUCAGAAUGUAAAAAGUAUUUUGAGGAAGCUCAUGGAGAAGGGCGACCUUGAAAGCCAUCCAACGGGGAUGUGCUGAUUAUUUUGUUGCAUAGAUUUGGAUCCGACAGCACAUGGUCUUCUUCAUUGUACUAAGAACACUGACCAAACAAGCUUAAAUUGCUUGCAAGGGCUAUCUGGCUGGUACUGAUCCUGUACA